AGUCUGUGGGGUGGGUAGGAUGGCCACAAGGAUGUGCUUCCGGUUCGCCGCUCAGUUCCCGGUCCUGCCGCCUUUGCCGCUGCUGAAUCGGGUGGAGCGGCCAGUGGAGGCUGAAGUCGGCUUACCCCGGAAGGGUUUUUUCCCCGGCUGGGCCAAGCUUCCGGACUGGGCAUCCGUUGCAGCCUUCGCUUCUACUGUGGCCCGAAGGGGUCUCACUUUGGAGUGCACAGUUUCCCGCCGGUCCGCGGCCGGAGCGCGUGAGUGUGGACGGUGGGAAUUCUCGGGUCAGCUCAGGGUUGAUGUGUGACCAUGGCUGCUGAAUCUGAUGUCUUGCACUUCCAAUUUGAGCAGCAAGGCGACGCUGUUCUACAGAAAAUGAACCUCUUGAGACAGCAGAAUUUAUUUUGUGAUGUAUCCAUCUAUAUCAAUGACACGGAAUUCCAGGGACACAAGGUGAUUUUUGCUGCUUGCUCUACUUUCAUGAGAGAUCAGUUUUUACUCAACCAGUCAAAGCAGGUCAGAAUCACCAUCUUGCAGAGUGCUGAGAUUGGCAGAAAGUUGUUGCUCUCUUGUUAUACUGGUGCACUGGAAGUUAAAAGGAAAGAGCUUUUGAAAUAUUUGACUGCUGCAAGUUACCUUCAAAUGGUACAUAUUGUGGAGAAGUGCACAGAAGCUUUGUCCAGGUAUUUGGAAAUAGAUUCUUCUAUGAAGAACAACAGUCAGGGUGCUGAGACAUGUCAUUCCUCUUAUCCAGAACUAAAGGAUGAAGAUGAAAAUUUAGAGAGAGACUGUGAAAUAAUUGAGAUUUCUGAAGACAGCCCUGUAAACUUGGACAUCCAAGUUAAGCAAGAAAAAGACAAUGCUUUGCAGCCUACUAUACAGGGCUUGAUACUGGACAAAAAAGAUAUGAAAACAUCAGAUAUUUCAACAGUUGAAAUAGGGUAUAAAGAUGAUGAAAUUUGCAUCUUCCGAAUGGAUUCCAUCAACGUGCCCACUGUAGAAAGUGAGCAGUUUUCACAACCUUGUACCUCUUCUAAAACAAAUAUAUAUUUUCCAGAAACACAGCAUUCACUGAUUAAUUCUACAGUGGAAAGUAGGAUGACAGAAGUUCCUGGUAAUCACUUUCAGGGGUUUAUUGGUGAAAGUACAGAAGGCAAUGUUAGUGUAACAAAUGGACUUCAAAGUCUAGAAGAGGGUUAUUCCUGGCGGCACCAGUGCCCCAAGUGUCCACGAGGAUUUCUUCAUCUUGAAAACUAUCUGCGCCAUUUGAAAAUGCACAAAUUGUUCUUGUGUUUGCAAUGUGGAAAAACAUUUACACAGAAGAAAAAUCUUAACCGGCACAUCCGAGGACACAUGGGUAUCCGACCAUUCCAGUGUUCUGUGUGUUUAAAGACAUUUACUGCCAAAAGUACUCUUCAGGACCACUUGAACAUUCACAGUGGAGACCGGCCCUAUAAGUGUCACUGUUGUGACAUGGAUUUCAAGCACAAAUCUGCCCUCAAAAAGCACUUGACUUCUGUUCAUGGAAGAAGUAGUGGUGAAAGGGCAAACCUUGACAUCAUCACAAAAGUCAAAAUAGACUAUGAUUAAUGGUAAUAUACACUUGCUUUGGAGACUUGGAUAUUAUAAUCUAUUAUCUUGAGUUCUACAAAAUUACUCCUUUGUAAUUCUGCAUUCCCUCUUUCCUAUGUUUGUCUGAUUUUUCCACAUACUGGCAUGCUAAUGAUUUUGUAGUAUCUAUUCUUAAAAGUUGUUGGAGUUAAUGGAAUGGUUGAUGGAUUUCUAUUCUGCCUUAAAUAUCAUUACCAAAAUAUUGACUGAUUUUCAUAGCCAGCCUAUUUGGUGCUUUAUAAAGUGUUGUGAACAUAGGGGCUUGGGUAAUAUUGUUAACUGACUCAUGGCCAAGGGGCAGAAAGAAUUCAGUGGUAUUUCUCAGAUUUUUAAAAAUUGAAUUUGCAUUGUUAGUGCUUCACACAGGAAGAGCAACCAUAUUUUACUUGUACUUUUAUCUUGGUGACCAUCAGAAGAAAAAUCUGGGACUUUUCCAAGUCUUGGUUCAUUUUAGAAUCACUUUUAAGAACUAUUUGUUCUAUAGAUGAAAGCAAGUGUGAUGAAUCUUUUCCUAACUAGAAUAAAUAUAUUGAUUACUUUAUAAAUUCUACCACUUUUUCUAAACCAAACAGUAGGUAAGCUAUCUGGUUGAAAUUAUAAAAGAAUUGUAUCCCUUGUGUAUAAAAAAUUUUCUGUUGCCUUCAGCCAAAUUAUUUAGCAUAUCAUUUAUUCCAUUGUGAAUAUUAUUUCCACUUGUGCAAAGGGCAACUCAUCCCUACUUUUUCAUCCUAUAUGAUUGGCUUUAUCUUCAUUUCAAUCUUCUAUAAAGGUUCAACCUAACACACCAGAUGUCAUCAUCUUUUUUUUUUUAAUUUCAUGGAUAACAUUGCAGCACUUGAGCAUUCUCUCCAUCUAUUAUUUCUCAUUUUUGCUACAUAUUUUGCCAAUCUCCUUUUAAUCCUUAUUAAUAUCUUUUAUAAAAGUUAUUGGGCACAAAUCAUCAUUGUGAAUAUGCUGCAGCCUACUUGUGCCACCAAAGGAAUACGCAGGGUUAUAUUAAAGUUGAUUUUUUUAUACAUACACACAUAUACAUAUAUAUUCCCCCCACAUGUGUAUGUGUUUUAUAUGUAUAUACACAAUACAUAGAUAGGUAUACACACUUAUAGAUAAACCUAUAUAAACAUUUCGUUCACUGGAAUAAAAAGUAAUUGUACCCAUGUAAUGUUUUUAAUAUAUUUUAAUUUAUUUCCAUUUGAAAAUAAAUUUUACUUAUUUGAAUUACUGGUUCACAUACUUUGGAAAUGAAUACUAAAUUAGCUAUGGUCUCUAGAUUAUAUUUAAUACAAUUAUCAAAUGCUUUUAUCAUCACUAUGAUUAUGUAACCAAUGAGAAACAGCAUUUACUAGAAAAAAGACAUUGAAUGUGUUCUAGGCAUCAUUACUUUUUUACUUUGUCUUGGCAAUAUCUUUUUUUGUCAUGGCAGUGCUUUAGCCUAGGUUUUUGGUUUUUUUUUUACCUUAGUACUGUACAUGGAUAGCUGUACUUUUUUUUUUCUUUGUGAUAAAUUGUUAUUCAUGUGACUAGGGUUGACUUUCAAAUAUUGAUAUUAAAAUAAUUUGAGUACUUUUUUUUCUUAUCCAGAUAUAUGUAUUCUCCAUGGAUGUGCCAAAAGUAAAAACAUGUAUGUACAGUAAGUGUAGUGGAAGUAAAAUUUAUUUUGAUUCUUGUUAAAUGCUAAAGUUCCCCUGUUAUGACAGUAGAACCCUAUUGGAGAAGACAUUUUGUCAAUCUCUAGUCAGUCUGAGGGAGGUGACUGGGUGUUGUCAUACGUCAGUAGCCAUUAGAACUCUUCCCCUCUCCCUUACAUCUCCACAGCUGCCAAAGUGAUAUUCCUAAAGUACGGGUCUAAACAUAACACUCCCCUGCUCAUAGAGCUCCAGUGAUUUCCUCUUUCCUCUAGGAUAAAAUACAAACUGGUGCUCUUCUUUGGCACUUAAAGGUCAUUGAUCUAUCUCCAGCCUGUAUUUUCAUCUUUACUACAACAUUAUUCACCUUUAGACACUGGUUCUUCCAAACUGACCUUGCUGCUCCCCAUACAGGACAAAAAGCAUCUCAUUUCUCCAUGGCUUUAUGUCCUCAGUCCUGGAAUGCAUUCUCUUCCCACCUCUGCCUUUGAAUCCUUAACUUUCUUCAAUGUUUAACUCAAGUGCCACCUUCAAUAUGAGGCCUUUAUGGAUUCUCCAAGUAUCCUUCCUCUCUCCUCUCCCACACCUCCCAUUUACUUUAUAUUUACUAUGUAUAUAUUUUGUAUUUACUUAUAUGUAUACAUGUUUCCCCUGAUAGAAUGUAAGCUCCUUGAGGGCAGGGACUGUUUUGUCUUUGUAGUCCCAGUUCCUGAUAUAUGGUAGACAUUUAAUAAAUGCUUGUCGAUUAAUUGGUUGUGCUUCCUGCAAUAUAGCAAUUGGGUAAAAAACCUGACAACACAAAUUAAUCUAUAAGACAAAUGUUAAGCUUCCCAUUUCCCCAUGCUAAUGUUAUAUAGGCAUUCUCCUGUGGGAUAUUUCUUUUGAAACUUCAUUGUUUUCAAAUGUUUUAAAUUUAAGCUAUUUGUGAGGAUUUAGCUAAGAGAGUUUUUUUUUUUUUUAAUGUCCAAACCUGUGAUUUCAGCAGUCUGGGGGGAAAUUUCCAGUGUGGAAUAUCCCUCUAUGAUUGUGGAGAAACAAUGUUGUCUCUUCUUUAAGUAAUAGUUUUAGAGAAUUGCCAUUUUAAUACUUCUUAGUAUGUGUCAGGGCAGGACUUGAACACAAGUCUGUCUCACACUAAGUCCUUUCUAUAGCUCAUGCCAUCGUACAGCUGAGUAUAGAGGCUAAAUGACUAUAUUUAAUAGGAUCUUUGUGGAAAACACCAUAAAAUCACAGAAUCUUAAAUGUUGAAAAUUUCAUUUAGACUUUCUGGACCUUACUUUUCAUAUCUGCAAAAUGAAGAGGGUGAAUGUGACUUAUAAGGUUUCAGCUCUAAUUUAAAUUAAAAUUUCAUUGGUUGUCUGAGCUAGAAGAUGAGAGACUUGAGAGGGGAUUCAUAGAUCUACAUAAAAUGUUUUAAAUGUAGUGAUAGAAUUUCACGACAAUCAAUUUUUCCCAUUAGAAAUCAUUUUAAAUAAAUUUUUUAAAUAAACAUUUUUAAGUUACAUUUUGAAGUUUCUGGGGGAAAUGAGCUUAUGUGCUAGGAUUUACACUUUUGCGAAAUACUUUCCUUACAAAAAUUUAAUGAAAUAAGUACAGUUAUUCCCAUUUGACAAAUGAUGAAGCAGGUACAUACAGGAAAACAGCCUUGCCCAAGAUAUACUGAAUAACUUGGCUAAAUAACACAUGGUCCUUGCUUUCAAGGAUCUCACUUUUUCAGCAAUUUAUCUUUUAAGUCGGGCUUUCUAAAUGAUUAUAUUUAGAUAUACUUUAACUUUUAAAAGAAAUUUUCUUGACAUUUAAUUUGAAGCUUUGUUUUCCCUCAUUGGUAGUUUCAUGUUUUAAAAUUUAAACUAUUUUGUUGGUUGACAGAAUGGUUCAUAAGAUAUAACAUUUUUGGGGAAUGUACAUUUUACACACUUGGAUAUUUGAAAAAUAUUUCCUUCCUAAUUGUAAUUAAUUUAGGCACUGCUAUAUGCAAAUACAUGUAUAUUUGCAUACACACAUGUAUGCGUACAUAUAUAUAUACAUGCACCUGUACACUUCAUAAUAAUGUCAUGAGAACCCUUUUGUAAAACACUUAGAUCUUUGGUUGAGAUAGAGAGAAAAGUGGGAAAUGUUGGUUGUACUGUCCAAUAACAUGUUUUCAUGAGAAGGAAUUCUCUAAGUAGUGUCUGCUUGCAUGAUAUAUCUCAGUAGGGUUUGGAAAAUGGAUUCUAGUUUUAGGAAUGCCAGUGUGUUUGGGUAGAAAAAGUGAAGAAGAAAGGAACAAGUGUUUAUCUAGUGCCUACCAUGUGCUAGAUACUAUGCUAAGCACUUUUUAUAAAUAUUUCACUUGGUACAGAGUAGAAAUUUUUCAUUGUGGAUAAAUGUAAUGUUUGUGAUUUUUUUAAUAGUCAAGAAAACUGAACAGCCCAUAUUCUUGAAUUAAAGCUUUGCCUUUAUUAUGUUUGUUUUAAAGAUCUUGAAAACUGGUUAUUGAUUUUUUCUAAAUGAAAUACCAGUUGGCUUUUCUGUUCACCUGACUUGUACCAUUUUCUCAAAUGUAAUGAACUUCUUAAUAUUUAGGAAAAUAAAAUGAAGGUUGGA